UAAGUAUUGUCAUUAUUCAGUGGAUAUAAUAUAUUUUUAUAUUUGUUUUUACAGAAGGAAAAUAUACAAAAAAAGUUAAAGUCAAAAAAACAUUUUCAGACUUCUGUAAAGCAGACUCUCAUCGCUAAUCGAAAGAAAGAGGGAAUAGCAAACUUGACCUUCACUUCGGAUGAAUCAAUAAUGACUAAUUCUAUAGAAAAGCUCGAUCUGUUAUCAAGUUCAAAAAAGCAAUUAGAAAACCCACUUGGUCAGAAAAUGGAUAGUUUACAAAUUGCUAUCACGAAACUCACAAGUGAAAUUUCUACAUUAAAUAAAACUUUAAAGGAUAGAAAUAAUAAGAUCGAAUCAGUUAAUAAUGUUUCCAAUGAAAAACCAUUUAGCCUUGAUCCGCACACAAAUAAUUACUACCUACAGUAUCCUGUGGACGAAGAUCUUAAUCCUACAAAUAUAAAUGUUCCAUCUGAUCUAAAUGACUUCAAUAUGGAAAUGGCUAUUGUCAUUGAUCAAGAGAAAGAAAUCAAAGAUGUGCCAAAAGAAAGAAAUGAAAGAAAAGAGAAGAAUAAUCAUUCUAAACAAUUGCUGAGUUCAAAAGAAACAAAUAUCAAUGUCCAAGAUGAUGUUACUGUAUCAUCAAUAAAAACUGGAAUAGAGGAAAAUAUUCAAGUGAAAUGCAAAACCGUUUCCAGAUCAUUAUUUUCACAAUUGAGUGAUUCGAAACUAAAUAAAUCCAUUGUUCUUAUCGGCGGCAUUGAAGUGUCACAAGAAAAAUUAGCUCAAUGUUCACGAAAAGCAUCAUUAACCAAAUUUGUGAAGGAUGUGAUGCUUCUUAUUUUUACUGAACAAGAAAUGGCUAAUUCUUCGCUGACUGGCACUACACCGAACCUACACGCAAAUCAUAAAGAUGAUGUACUUCAGAAACAGAAGUUGGAUCCAAUUCGAGUCAAAGCUUUACAUGAGUAUGUAGCAAAAGAAAUGCCAUCGAGAUACGAUGAAAAACUCGUGCAGGAAGCUAUAAAGCAAAAGCUGCAUUAUAUUAGCAAAAGAGUUCACGGGGUAGCGUUUAAAAAGGAGGCCAAAUUAUCAUCAACAUAAGAUAAAAGAUGGAUAUAUAAUAUAUAUAGCUAAGUUUUUAUAGAUUAUAUCGUUUUUAUUAUUUUAAUUUCAUGAAUCAAAAUGAACACGCACGUUUAAUUUACUCUGUUUUUUGUGCAAUUAUUUUUUGUUUUUACGUAAACAAGAUAUAAAAAAAAAUUAAAAAUUGAUAGAUGAAAAUUUUGUUCGGUUCCUCCAUUUGAACCAUACACAUUUAUUUUCUGUUGAUUUGAUGCAGAAGGUGUGUUAGCUGUCACGAACUUAACACUUCUUGUGUGUCAACUAAAUAAAUGUUUUAAAUCAACAGAAAAAUGUAUGUACAUUAAAUGGAUCGAACAACGAACUGUAUAGUGUAUCUAGCGAAAAUAAUUUUUAUUUCUGUUAUAUAUAUAUAGUAGUAA